AUGCCCCCCGUAGGCCCGCGUGCCUCCAAAGAGGAAUUCAUGCAAGCGUUGGGCUUGAAUUCUCAGAAUCCGCAGCAUGAGCAGUAUUACCGCGCGAUGAGGGACGUAGCAAUAAUAAUCUACAACCGCCUCAACGAAAACCCCACGAACCUCCUCGACAGCGUCGCCACGGACCCCACGACCCGCCCCCCUUUCUUCUGGCACCAUAUCCGUCCCGAUCGCCAGCGCUGGGGCAUCCUCGAGAUCGUGUCGCAUGCGGGCCCCCUCACGGAGCCGUUCUUUGCGCGCGGCAACACCGCCGGCGAGUAUGGGCCGAAUUGGGUCGCCGGGUGGUUGCUGUAUAGCGUGUUUCGGUCGAGGGAUGUUCGCAAUAAUCGGAAUCGGAGGAAGGGGGAGGGGGAGGGGCAAGCCGCGAAGACGUCGCCGUCAAAGUCGAAACAGGAUGAAAGCCCGCCGAAGAAGGAGUACUAUGAUCCGGUGAGGAAUGGGUGA